AUGGAGGGUCAUAGUGACAGCGCUCUCCCAGCAGUGGGUCGUCAGCUGAUCGUCAAGGCCGAUGAAGUUGAUCAAGAUGGAACAGCUAUUCAGUCACCAAGCAAGCAGCUCCCACUAAGCGCUCUCGAUCAAAGAGAUGGUGUAGCGUCUGGCGCCAAUAGAAGCGUCCAAACGAAAAGCACACGGCCGGUCUUGAAAAGAGAUGGCUCAGCACCACCUCCACCAUCCCAGCCUCCACCUCCAGCACCACCUUCGCAGCAUCAGGAUCCAGAUACUCCAGCGGACUCUCUCAGCUUACCACAGCUGAAACAGCUGGUCAGUCAAUUCCCGAAGGUGGAAAAGAGAGCCUACGCAUUUCAAUAUGCUGACGCCCAAUCGUUCGCUGAAGAGAUUGAAGCAUGGUUUCAGUAUUCAGAGCAGGAUGGGACCAUGAUCUUAAGUGCUAAGGAUACCUUCGAACAGAAAUGGAGGUCAUUCUCUGAAUCUCACAAGGAACUCGCAGACGAAGAUUCAACGUGGAUCGAUGUUAGUGAUGACGUGCGAAAGAACAUCCUCCUGUCGGUUCUCUCUAGCCUGAGUCAUUAUGAUCCACUUAUACGCAUCGAGUCAUUAGAAGUCCUCUUCUACAUUCUUGGAGGGGCUUGGGCAACAACAGCAGGUCUAGAAAGGCAGGAUGAGUCUGAAGAUCGAUCAAGCGACGAGGACGUUGACAACCGGAGCAACUCAGUUCAGCUAGAGUGGAUGCACAGGGGUGCAGAUCUGCUUCUAGAAUGCUCCGGUCUUCAAAGCCUGCAGGAUUGCAUGAAUACAGUUUUUGAUGAUGAAAACGGCGAAGGCUUGACAUCUACCGAGACCGCUGAAGAGCACGGAGGGAGUCCGCUUGAGCUCUACAACAACUCUAGAAUUCGAGAGCGAACAUUACUACUUUCCUGUUGGUAUUUCUUUGUCGAAUCAGCUCGACAUAGAGAUGCUUCCGGGGUUGGGAAAUCGAUGCGCAAUGUCAUGUUACAAUUGAGACCUAGGUUUCUCGUCUACUGCGUUGAACUUCUGGCCCGACGACGAUGGGAGGAUAUAUCGAGCAUUUCGAUGAUGACAAGACUUCUCCUUCUCUUAUGGAAAUCAGUCUUGCUAUUAUUUGGUGAUACCCAGAACGUGCUAGAGCGUGCAAAGGAUGUGCUGCAAACGAAGCCAGAUCCGCUCCCAGCAGAUGCUUCGCGGCCCACCCUGACAGCCUCGCCUCUUGAUUAUCACCUUUUCCGCCAGGAAAUUACAUCAAAGUAUCCGGCAUAUAAUCCUCCUCUUCCAUUAGUACCAUUUGAAGCCGAGCACAAAUCGAUGCUACCUCCACUGCCCCAUCAUCCGAGUCGAGCGAACACAGUUACCGGUUCAGUUGCCAACUUCGGCCAACCUGAUGGAAAUGUUAGCGGCUCAAUUCUUCACCAGCCGGUCCAUAUCGCGACACCCGCACCAUCUCCACCACCAUCGCCUGUUGGCCCUGGUGGGAAGGCAGGCAAAAAGCAAAACUUCCAGACGAAUCAGAAUUUUCCUUUUCUGUACCCUCCAUUGGAUGACAGUAGCAACAACAUAGGUGGAAAGGGCACCACUGAGUUUCAAGAUCUCAUGGUAGGUAAGAAAUGGGAAGGUAGCGACAUACCUGCUUCUAUCAUUGAAGCAGGCCAACUCUUUGCAAGCAGGAUGCGAAUGACCCGAGCGAUGCGUCAGCUCUGGAAAGAGCGAGAACAAUUCUUGAAAGACGACAGGGGAUGGGAAGGGAAGACGCCGACAGUUGAAGACGGUGAAGCUGGUACGAAUGACAAAAAUGAUUGGAAAGAGCCCGUCAAUGCUGCUCUGGGAGAGGGUGAUAACGAAGCAGCGCUUCAUGACCUCGAGAGUCGUUUGGAGGCUGUCGAGGACUUCUUUCACUUCGCACUUCCGAACCUCCAAUCACUUAUUAUCGUGAUGAUGAAAACCAUGUUGUUCAAUGUGCAGAAUAUCGCGAUCCAGAAUGGCUCAAUCAACGACAAUGGGCAAUCAAAUGGACUACCUAGAACAAAAUCAAACCUGAACGUAUCACAGGCAAAUAACUCUCCAAAUCCACCGGCUGCGCCACAAGCUUCGGAGCUCAGUAUGGAAGAGCUCAACGAAACGCGACUUCGAGAAGUGUGCCACAAAGCUAUGUCUGGAUGUUUAUUCCUUCUUCUCAAGUGGUUUAAAAUAUCUCACGUCCUCAAGUUCGAGUAUCUGACUCAGCUCCUCCUUGACUCGAACUACAUUCCUUUAGUGCUGAAAUAUUUCGCUCAUCAAAACCUUGAAGAUUUGGUCGCCAUCCGCUACGACCGAGACGACCUGGGUUUCUUCCACAUCUGCCAUCUCAAUUCUGAUCACCCACCCCUCUCUCCCACCUCGCCAGCUGCGAAUUCCUCCCCUACUUCAAGUCCCGAUGAAGCAAUGCCUCCACCGAUCCUGCGCCACCGCCGUUCUCCAACAAACGGAUCCUCUCACGACCCCUCCCAAGCCGUCGCAUCGCCCGGAAAAAUCGAUGAGACACCUUCGGAUACCGACUCCAACCGCCUCCCACCCCGUCCUUCUGUUGACGAACUGGGCAACCCCAUCGCACCAAUUCCCCAGACCCCUAUUACAACCUUCUCAUUCCGCCAGUUCCAAACCUCAAUCCAUCUCCUCCGGAUCCUCCAAAAAAUCACCCGUCACAAGGCGCACCGCAUCUUAUUAUUAGUCCAAUACAAAUCUAGCCAGAUCCUGCGCCGCAUCCUACGCGUUCCGGACCCCUUACUCCGCCUCUACGUCCUCAAGCUCUUCAAAUCCCAGGUCCCUUACUGCGGGCGGAAAUGGCGCCAGGGCAACAUGAAGGUCAUCACGGCGAUCUAUCUGCAUUGUCGACCGGAAUUGCGAGAUGAGUGGCUGGCGGGAAGGAAUUAUCCGGAUGUUGUCAAGGAUGGUGCUGCGGAGGGAAGGGGAGGGAUUGAAGAAGGGGAGAGGGACUUCUUCCAGAGGGAGUUGGAUCAAAUGGGGUGGGGGAUGGCGGCUUUGGGGGUGGGUAAUGGUGCCUGUGGUGCUGGUGGGGAGAAUGGGGAGGCGGUUGCGUUUGGGGAGGAGGCGCCCGCGCCAAAUGGGAACGGGAGCGCAAAUGCAAAUGCUAAUGGAGGUGUAGGACAGAAUGGGGAGCAGUGGGAGCAGGGUGGACCGUUACAAUUGGAGGGGUGGUGA